UGUGACAGUCAGUGUUGUCGUAUCACUAACGGAGCCUGGUCUGGAUGGGGCGGUUGGAGCAGUUGUUCCUGUAACCAUGCCACCGGUACUGGUACUUGGACUCGCUCCAGAUCUUGCAACAGUCCUGCUCCUUCUUGUGGUGGCAGUUCAUGUCUGGGAUCUGCCUCAAUGUCAGGGAGUUGUGACAGUCAGUGCUGUAUGACAGUGCACGGAGGGUUUUCUAACUGGGGUAGCUGGGGAACCUGUUCCUGUAACCACGCUCUUGGUACAGGAACUUGGUCUAGAUCCAGAUCUUGUACCAGUCCUUCUCCUUCUUGUCAUGGAAAUUCUUGCGUUGGGAGCGUUAGGGAUACAGGAAGUUGUGACAGUCAGUGUUGUCGUAUCACUAACGGAGCCUGGUCUGGUUGGGGCGGUUGGAGUAGUUGUUCCUGUAACCAUGCCACCGGUACUGGUACUUGGACUCGCUCCAGAUCUUGCAACAGUCCUGCUCCUUCUUGUGGUGGCAGUUCAUGUCUGGGAUCUGCCUCAAUGUCAGGGAGUUGUGACAGUCAGUGCUGUAUGACAGUGCACGGAGGGUUUUCUAACUGGGGUAGCUGGGGAACCUGUUCCUGUAACCACGCUCUUGGUACAGGAACUUGGUCUAGAUCCAGAUCUUGUACCAGUCCUUCUCCUUCUUGUCAUGGAAAUUCUUGCGUUGGGAGCGUUACGGAUACGGGAAGUUGUGACAGUCAGUGCUGUCAAACAGUUGAUGGAGGUCUUACAACUUGGGGUGAUUGGAGUACGUGUGAGUGUGAUCACACUACAGGAACAGGAACAUGGAGCAAAAUUAGAUCUUGUACCAACCCGGCACCUUUCUGUUAUGGAAGUGAUUGCGAAGGAGACCUAGUGGACAAUGGUAGAUGCGAUGAACAAUGCUGUCAAACAGUUGAUGGAGGUCUUACGACUUGGGGUGAUUGGAGUACGUGUGAGUGUGAUCACACUACAGGAACAGGAACAUGGAGCAGAAUUAGAUCUUGUACCAACCCGGCACCUUUCUGUUAUGGAAGUGAUUGCGAAGGAGACCUAGUGGACAAUGGUAGAUGCGAUGAACAAUGCUGUCAAACAGUUGAUGGAGGUCUUACGACUUGGGGAAACUGGAGUACGUGUGAGUGUGAUCACACUACAGGAACAGGAACAUGGAACAGAACUAGAUCUUGUACCAACCCGGCACCUUUCUGUUAUGGAAGUGAUUGUGAAGGAGACCUAGUGGACAAUGGUAGAUGCGAUGAACAAUGCUGUCAAACAGUUGAUGGAGGUCUUACAACUUGGGGAAACUGGAGUACGUGUGAGUGUGAUCACACUACAGGAACAGGAACAUGGAACAGAACUAGAUCUUGUACCUACCCGGUACCUUUCUGUUAUGGAAGUGAUUGCGUAGGAGACUUAUUGGACAAUGGUAGAUGUGAUAACCAAUGCUGUCAAACAGUUGAUGGAGGUCUUACAACUUGGGGUGACUGGAGUACGUGUGAGUGUGAUCACACUACAGGAACAGGAACAUGGAACAGAACUAGAUCUUGUACCAACCCGGCACCUUUCUGUUAUGGAAGGGACUGUGUAGGCGAUCUUACAGACGAAGGAACUUGUGAUGAUCAGUGCUGUGUAACUGUAGAAGGGGGUUGGACUGAUUGGGAGUAUUGGAGUACGUGUGAGUGUGAUCACACUACAGGAACAGGAACAUGGAACAGAACUAGAUCUUGUACCGACCCGGCACCUUCUUGUCAUGGAAGUGACUGUACUGGUCAUCAACUAGAAAACGGCACCUGUCACCAUCUUUGCUGUCACAAUGUAGAUGGAGGAUGGACUAAUUGGGGAAACUGGAGUACGUGUGAGUGUGAUCACACUACAGGAACAGGAACAUGGAACAGAACUAGAUCUUGUACCAACCCGGCACCUUUCUGUUAUGGAAGUGACUGUGAAGGAGAAAUAAACAAUAAUGGAACAUGUGAUGAUCAGUGCUGUCAAACUGUGGACGGAGAUUGGACUGAUUGGGGAAACUGGAGUACGUGUGAGUGUGAUCACACUACAGGAACAGGAACAUGGAACAGAACUAGAUCUUGUACCAACCCGGCACCUUUCUGUUAUGGAAGUGACUGCGAAGGAGAAAUAAACAAUAAUGGAACAUGUGAUGAUCAGUGCUGUAAAACUGUGGACGGAGAUUGGACUGAUUGGGGAAACUGGAGUACGUGUGAGUGUGAUCACACUACAGGAACAGGAACAUGGAACAGAACUAGAUCUUGUACCAACCCGGCACCUUUCUGUUAUGGAAGUGACUGCGAAGGAGAAAUAAACAAUAAUGGAACAUGUGAUGAUCAGUGCUGUCAAACUGUGGACGGAGAUUGGACUGAUUGGGGAAACUGGAGUACUUGUGAGUGUGAUCACACUACAGGAACAGGAACAUGGAACAGAACUAGAUCUUGUACCAACCCGGCACCAUUCUGUUAUGGAAGUGACUGCGAAGGAGAAAUAAACAAUAAUGGAACAUGUGAUGAUCAGUGCUGUCAAACUGUGGACGGAGAUUGGACUGAUUGGGGAAACUGGAGUACGUGUGAGUGUGAUCACACUACAGGAACAGGAACAUGGAACAGAACUAGAUCUUGUACCAACCCGGCACCUUUCUGUUAUGGAAGUGACUGCGAAGGAGAAGUAAACAAUAAUGGAACAUGUGAUGAUCAGUGCUGUCAAACUGUGGACGGAGAUUGGACUGAUUGGGGAAACUGGAGUACGUGUGAGUGUGAUCACACUACAGGAACAGGAACAUGGAACAGAACUAGAUCUUGUACCAACCCGGCACCUUUCUGUUAUGGAAGUGACUGCGAAGGAGAAAUAAACAAUAAUGGAACAUGUGAUGAUCAGUGCUGUCAAAAUGUGGACGGAGAUUGGACUGAUUGGGGAAACUGGAGUACGUGUGAGUGUGAUCACACUACAGGAACAGGAUUAUGGAACAGAACUAGAUCUUGUACCAACCCGGCACCUUUCUGUUAUGGAAGUGACUGCGAAGGAGAAGUAAACAAUAAUGGAACAUGUGAUGAUCAGUGCUGUCAAACUGUGGACGGAGAUUGGACUGAUUGGGGAAACUGGAGUACGUGUGAGUGUGAUCACACUACAGGAACAGGAACAUGGAACAGAACUAGAUCUUGUACCAACCCGGCACCUUUCUGUUAUGGAAGUGACUGCGAAGGAGAAAUAAACAAUAAUGGAACAUGUGAUGAUGAGUGCUGUCAAACUGUGGACGGAGAUUGGACUGAUUGGGGAAACUGGAGUACGUGUGAGUGUGAUCACACUACAGGAACAGGAACAUGGAACAGAACUAGAUCUUGUACCAACCCGGCACCUUUCUGUUAUGGAAGUGACUGCGAAGGAGCAGUUAUCAAUAAUGGAACUUGCAAUGAUCAGUGCUGUAAAACUGUGGUCGGAAACUGGAGCCAUUGGGGAAACUGGAGUACGUGUGAGUGUGAUCACACUACAGGAACAGGAACAUGGAACAGAACUAGAUCUUGUACCAACCCGGCACCUUUCUGUUAUGGAAGUGACUGCGAGGGAAACGUUAAGGACAAUGGAACAUGCGAUGAUCAGUGUUGUCAAACUGUGAACGGAAAUUGGACUGAUUGGGGAAACUGGAGUACGUGUGAGUGUGAUCACACUACAGGAACAGGAACAUGGAACAGAACUAGAUCUUGUACCAACCCGGCACCUUUCUGUUAUGGAAGCAACUGUGAAGGAGACUUGGUUGAUAAUGGAACAUGUCAUGAUUCAUGCUGCCAAACUGUAGACGGAAUUUGGUCGGAUUGGGGAAACUGGAGCAAAUGCGAGUGUGAUGGUGAAACAGAAACUAGAAAUAGAACAAGAACAUGUAACAAUCCUUCGCCCAGUUGUUUUGGACGGGAAUGCGAGGGUGACACCGUACAAAAUAUAUCCUGUGAGGGAAGUUGCAAAAGUAUACUACCAGUUCUUUUGUCUGCAGACGGCCCGCUUGGACUUAGCAAACCCGUCCUGAUCUUCAUAUGCUGUUUAAUAGGUCUUCUCUGUACGGUUGUCGCUAUCACAGCAGCGAUGAAAUACUCCUGGAUAAUGCAGAUGAAACAAAAGAGAGUAUCAGAGGAGACAACUGAAGAAGCCCUGCAUUUGGUGACAGAAUUUCACUUCGAGACUCCAGAAUCAUCCCAAGGGAUUUUGCUGCUUAAUACCGUAUCAAAAGUAGAUCCAAGCAUGGAAAUUAUUGGGCUGGAAAACGACUACAUCGACUUCAAUGGAGACACCAAAGAAGACGACUAUAUUGACUACACAGGGAUUUGAGAAUUUGGAUAGUGCUCUUAUGACAAAAACAAUUACUUUUUUGGCUCUUUUUCUUUUAUAACUUUGAAAAAUGUUCUACAAAAACAACAAUAACAUGCAGCUUCAAACGGAUAGAAACCAUCUUUACAAAUAUUUAGUUUUACUUAGUUUCUCUCUAUCAUAUCUUUGUUUAAUCAUUCUGUCAUUCUACUGCGAUUAAAUAAUCGUAAAUACAUUACCUCAUCGGACAUGAUUGUCACGGACAAGUUUUUCACGGACCAAAUUUUUCACGGACAUAAUUAUUCACGAUCAUGACCGCCCAAAAAUUUCCAAAAAAUUGUGAAAUGUUUGGUGAUUUUUUGAUAAGUGUUUUACUCUUUUUUGAACUCUUAAGUCAUAGUAAUCAUGGUGCUAUAACUUAAGUACUUUAACUUACUGUAUGUGACUGAUGAGUGAUUAUAUUUGUCCUAGUAGUAGUAUACUAGUAAGCUAAUAUAGUAAUCGGCUACACAUAUCUACGCAUAUGUAGUAUAAGGACACACACUAAAAUUAAUGGAAAUAAUUACCGGACUUUAUUAUUCACGGACCUUAAUGCCACAGCUGACAUUAUUUUCACGUACAAAAAAAAUGUCAUCAGUGAUUCAGUUUGGCUCUGUAGGAUAUUUUUAAAAGUAUGCAAAAUAGCUAGUAACCACAAACCGUGACGCUAACAAAAUUUUUGCUAUUUUGAUCUUUUGUCUUACGAAUUUAAUUUCAAGCUUUUUAUUCCAGAGAUAUGUGAAAUAAGAUAAAUUGUGAAAAUUAUUAAUUAACGAAUUUGAUUUUGA